AUGUUUGUCGAGGGUCGCAAAAUAGUGGUGCUGCUGGACAACGCGAGCAGCCACAUGCUGCGCUCUCAAGAUGCAUGGAGCGAGAUCGUGUGCGGCGUCAGGACCACGUACAUGAGCCACGUGCGGCUUGUCUUUCUGCCGCCCAAUACCACGGCAUUCACUCAGCCGCUUGACCAGGGCAUAAUCGCCACCGCGAAGGCCCGCUACCGCCAGCAUUGGCUGCGGGCCUUCUCGGGUUUAUGGAACGCCGACGGAGCGACUUCCGCGGUCGCUCGAUUCCGGCCGAAUCUGCGAGAUGUGCUCGGGUGGUUGUCGGAGUCGUGGACCUCCGUCGGCGCGCGCACCAUUCAACGGUGCUGGUGGCGCACGGGGUGUCUUCCCCUCUCGUGGUCACUGGAGCUGCCGCACGUGCAUGACGACGAGCCCAUCCCCGCAGCUUAUCCCGACAUCGAACUCGACGAUGACAUCGAUGAUGUCGGGACGCUUAUUAACAGGCUCGCCCUCGGGGAUGCGGCAAUGACGGCGGCGGAAUACGUCGCCAUCGACGACGCGGAGCCCACAUGUGCGGAAGGCACGGCACACCCGCCCGUGACAGAGGAAGAGAUGCGCUUGGAGGUGGAGCUCUGGCAGGCGCCGACGACCAUGCAGGCCGUCUACGACGACGCCGACCCCGUGUGCCGUGAAGCGCGCCGCACUGCUCGUGCGGCGUGCGAGAUGCUCAUCGGCUACGCCCGGGCCACCCGCAUCACUCCGCGCGAUCUGUGCGCUCUUUUCGACAUCCGCAAUCCAAUCAUAAUCGCGCGGAUGGAGCGGGCGAGCCCGGGAUUCAAUCUCAACGUGGCGCCGCAGCCCGUACCCUCCCCCGGCGCAACCCCCACUCCUGAGACCCCUCGUCCGCGGGGCCCUGUGCUGCCCGACUGGAUGACCCGCCCGUCCCGUCGUCAGCAGCUGCUUGAUGCCGGGGUGGGCGCCGUGAUGGACGGCUAUGUGGAUGCAGCUGAAUGGAUGCGUCUUUCCGAGUGA